AAAACUAUGUCUUGUGCCUGUCAAACAUGUGCGCGGUGUGGUGAUUUUUUUUGAUUUUAUAUCUGAACAAAUUCCGAAAAGUAUUGUGCAAUCAUAAUUAUGCUGAAACAUUCUUUUUAAAAUUUAACACAUAAAGACACCCAUAAAACCCCAUAUCAAAAUGUUUUCAAUUUUAAUUCGUGACACUGCCAGAUCUCUGCGCAAUUCGCUCUUUAAGAACAACUUGCCGAACGGCCUCAUAGCCUUCGACUACUCGAGUUUUACAACUAAGGAUUUUGUUUAUGAUAACUUCGAUGAUACCGGUACUCUGUUGGUGCGUUUCAUGAAGUACCUGGCAAUGGAGAACUCAAAGUUCCAGCCACUCAUACCGACAACUAUCCGAUAUCCCGAUUUCUUCCCAGUCACCGAUGCACGUAGUUUCCAAACGGAGUUAAGGAAGACCGAUGUAAAGCAGAUUCCUCAUCUGAUCAUAUUCGCCUUCACUUACAAGUGCAAUGGUGAUCCUCAGAAAUUCGUCGGAGUCAUCAAUGAGAUCGAUUGGUAUUGUGAGAAGAAUUUGGAUAAAAUGGAUCAUGAUACCAUUCUGCAGACUUUGUACGCCCUCAUGUACCUGCUGCCCGGCAAAAUGACCAAGACAAAUUUCUACAACAAAUGUCUUGACAAAUUGGUAAGCACAUUCGAUAAGGACUGUCCGGCAGAGAAAUUUGUCAAAGUUUGUUUCUAUCUGGGAUUGGCUAAGAAGAACCAGAACUCCACCGCUUUACUAAAGAAAUUCCUCAAUACCUACUUACCCCAGUACCUGCCCGAACUAACAGCCCUUGAUCUGUCGAUUGUGGGCAAUUCAGCCUACAAAGCUAGUAUACCAAUUAACAAUAAGGCUUUCAUGGAUAAAAUCACGAACGAAAUUUUGGAAUUAAAAUCAUCUGCAAUCGAUGAUUCACUCUUGGUCACUCUGAUAAAGGUUCUUCGGUUCAAUCAAGUGAAAUCUAAGGACAUAUGUGAGAAGCUCGAUGCUGUUUGCAGUGAGAAACAGCUUAAGAGCUUUGAAGUUAUGGGUCUUACCCAUAUCUUUGCGUACUUCGUAGAAUUUCAGUGGAACAACAAGAAGACAUGCUCUAAGUUCAUCAAUGAGACUCUGUCCAGAAUUCGUUCAUCGUCACAGUAUAUAAGACCCAAAGACAUGACGGCAUUCCUUUGGUCCUGCGCUCAGCUUCAACAAGGAGAUCUUCUUAAGCCAAAUGAUCUGCGUAACAUCGACCACAGAGUUCUGCGGAUGGUUGAACGUGACGAGUUCAAAUACUUCCCAGAUCAGCUCAUCAACACUGCUCUGUCUCUCUGGAUGCUGGGUCAUCGGUCUCGAGGGUUGAUUGCUGAGGUCACCAGCCUAAGGAUGAAUCCUAAUUCAAAUAAUCCUGAUCGUUCAAAGCUUGACACUCGUCACAAAGUUCUCCUGAGCGCUGUUGCAAUUGAACAACCCGAUUGGUUGAUGAGGGGUAAGAAAGAAGCAUUCGCUGAGUCAGCGCCAGCUCCAGACUAUUUGGUUAACAAUAGAGUCGGUUUGAAGAAGGCGUUCGAUAAAUUAAAAGCAGAGGGUGUAGAUGCACAGUUGGUGUUGCCAAUCGCAGGUAUUAAUGUGGCUGGGAUCUUAGUGAAACAAGGAGGCGAUCAAAAAUGCUAUUUGGAAGUUUUGGAAGAUGAUCAGAUUCUUAGAUUUGAUCAAGUCCCUGCGGCGAUUGUUCAGUUGAAAAUAAGGCUUCUCAAGCACCUAGGAUACAAUGUUGUAACGGUUCGUGCUUGUGAUGUCGAUAAUUUGGAAAGUAUACAAUCUUUACUAAGUGGUGCUGAAGAACCCACAAAACAAAAUGUAGCUGCAUAGUUAAAGUCAUUCAAAAUGUAAUAAUAACUUUUAAUUAUAGUCAUUUCAUGAAUAUUGUAUAUUCUUAGAAUAUAUACCGUAUAAAAAUUCAUUGUUUUUAUUAAA